AUUAAAGAAUGCAGGAAUCGAGUACGUAAACUAGCAACAAAGGACGCCAUUUUAUGUGUUUCAACGGACGCAGUUGCAAAUUGAUUGACAUCAUGAAAAGGAUAGACCGUGGACUCUGGAACAACAGCAAAUAAAAACUGUUAAUCGACAGCCAGUAUGGAAUUUAUGCAGUACAGAAGUGAAUCAACUUUCCAAGGAAGUCCAGUUACCACACAGAGCGGUGUAAAUGAAGACCAAGUCGACGUGAGCGUCGAAGAUCUUGUGUUAUCAAUGCGACAGGAUUUAUUGGUCACAAACGUAAUUGAUCAAGCCGGUAGUAAUGGCGUGAGUGUUCACCGUCAGCCUGGCGCAGUGUCUCUUAGGAUAAAUGGGGUUGGUCUACGUGGUGUUGAAAACGAACUUAGAAAUAUUGAAAACGUCAACGGACCUGUAACACUGACAGAGGGACAUGAUGGAAAGCAGCCAUAUCAACAGGUUGGAAUGGUUGGACGACCACCAAGUGCCGGUGGUGUGCCUGUGCCUCGUAACAUUAGUCCAUCAUACUCACAAAAGAUGAGUGACGAUACAGAAUGUAACCUCAAUCAGAUGCACUGCCAGCAACUUCAAAAUGCGAGUGCCAGUAAAAUGCCAGGAACUGCCACUCACCACGCCAACCCAAAUAUGUCUAAUGGGUUCGUUAGGCAGAACAAAGCGCAGCCACAACUGGCCUCCCAGUUUUAUCAGCAGUUGCGGAUGAGUUGGGGCCCAUCGUCUCAGAACAGUGCAUCACCGGCCCCUGGCAACGAGCAUAACCAGCCUGCACAUUCAUCAGAAGCACCCAUCCACAAUGGAGCGCCGCAGUUUGAGCCCGACAUCAGCCCCCGCAUGUUGCCCAAGCCGCCUCAGGAACCUCGCAGAGGAUCUCGGACGAGAAGCAGUUUGCGAAGAGCUGCUAACCUCCUCCUCAAUCGGAGUCGGCAAAGUUUGUCCGACGGAGAGACGGCGCGUCAACCCACGCCUCCGAGUACACCGAGAGAUGAAACGGAACACAAGAAGGAAAACAAAUCUCAAACCAUACGGGAACGUCUGCAAAAAAAUAAGAGUAGGAUGGGAGACCUUCUGCGCUCGCCGAAUUUAUCGCGUGUUCGAAGGCCGAGUCAAGGUAACAUCAGCACCGAUGGUUCAAUGUCUCCGCCGGACACAAAAACUGACUACAGGAAAUAUGCGAGUGCCGAAAAUCUGCAAGGAAUAGAGUAUCGAAGCAGCACAGAGAACCUCAAUGCCAGACAAACUGGCAAGAGUGCAAAGCAAAGUUCUAGUCGGUCCGUUGAUGCAUUUUCAAGUCGAUCUGAGGAUACUGAUGAACAGGAUUGUAUGAGGGGGCCAUCCACAGGGUAUAAGCUACGCAGGCAUGCUAGUGGUCCUAUUUAUCAAACAUCCAGUGAGACAAGGAACAUCCAUAGAGGUUACCACACUGCAGAUAGUGACACAGAUUCCGGAGUCGGAAGGGCAAACACCAAAAGUGCACAAGCUCAAAGCAGGAAAGAGUCUAACAAAGCAGUGCCGUCGACCCGGGAUACUCUGAGAAUGUUAUCCAAGAAACGAGACGUCACCGGCACAUCGGGUCGGCACAUGGGUAAAUCUGUGAGCGGUCCGCUACGGGCAGACCAUAACAUUCAACCAGUCAGCGGUGCUGUCAACACAGACUAUGGCCUCAAUCAUCAUGAUGAAAGGUCACCUGCCGAUAAGCCUGGUGUGUGGAGUGAGCAAGGGGCACGUCCUAAACGUUCCAAUUCAGUGGAGUCCAUAGAAACGGAAGAAGUGAGGCAUGAAAUAUUCCCCGAUACCCCUAUAAGAACGGACAGAUCACCUCAAGACGGAAGGGAAGAGCAAGAACAUCAACGGACGACGUCGAGCGUGAAAUCAGACGGCAGACGAUCCAAGAGAGACACCAGACCUCCAUCGCCAUCCAGAUCAAGACCGCCGUCACCUCAGCAAUCAAGACCAUCAUCCUCAUCUAGGUCUAGACCACCGUCACCGUCACGGUCCGUACAUUUUGAAGACAGUAACUCACCACGAGGUAAAGAGAGCGAACGAAGACCCCGUUCGGGAUCGCACUCGAGAACACAGCCGAACCCCGACCAGGGUAACCACCAAGCCCUUGCCACUACAGCACAGGAUGAAGUCCAGUCUCGCGGACGUGGUCACAUUGAGGAUGCGUAUUCCAGCAUAGAUGAUUCAAGCUCGGUUGAUUUCAACCAAAACUCAAGGAUUAUAACCGAUGAGAAUCCGUACGAAGAAAUACAGAUACCAGACCGAGCCUACAGCAAGAAACGUGAGAAAGCGUCCAGGACACCUGUGACCGAUGAUUGGAAUGAUAUGGACUCGGUUGAUGGACUUUAUGCAAAAGUUGAAAAGAAACGGCAGGAGGGCAAGAAAGAGAGAUCGACGAAUCGAAGGAAAGAAAACAGCAAUGCCAAGAAUCCAAAUUCUACCAGUGGUCCCGGGGAUAAGGCAUUGCAAGCCACGGGUCAAGGGGAACCCAUUUACGCACAGGUGGACAAGUCUAAGAAGAAGCCCCCAUCGGGUGACAAGAACACUUCAAGGCACCGGUCACAGUCUGAUGCGUCCAGUCAAAAUCCCUGUGUGACGUCUGACUUUGAUGACAGUAUCUCGCGUGUCGGUAACGACAGCAGUGAUGGUUCAACCUUCAAAAGGAAUUUCGAGCACUACUCGGACCUGAGCGGUUCACGUCUCUCCGUCACAUCACGUGCCUCUAUAUCGGAAAAGGUUCAGAGCGUCGGGAAAGCAACCAAGAAGAAACUGACAUCCAUGAGAAGGGCCUUGAGUCUCGACAGGAUUGAUACAAGUACUAAGGAAAAUGAUACACAACCUAAGUUAAAACGGUCACCAUCUUUACGGUCACUGACGGGACUUUUCAGCAAAAAAGACAAGAAGCAAGAAAGUGCUGACUCUCCUGGAAAACUGAAUAAGAGGCGCUCAGCGAGUCUGAGUGGUUUGCACGUACGACCACAGCGAACAUCGGAAGGAACCGACGUCACGUCACCGAGUCACAUGAGGAAAGUUGGCAAGCUCCUCAACAUCAAUUCCGAUGGAUCCCAAAUUGUGGAGUUGAUCAAGCCGCCAAGCGGACCGUUUGGGUUCUACAUCGCCCGGGGUACAUCAAACUUUGGCUCCGGUGUUUUUGUCACUCGUCUGGGGGAUGGUCAUCCAGCUAAGAUUCUCGCAGGCCUUCUCGCAGUUGGUGAUGAAAUCCUGGACAUCAAUGGAGUAGACGUUCGCAAUCGACCCAUCGAUGAUGUCUAUGACAUGAUGAUGGACAAUGACAAACUGAUAUUGAGGUUGGUUCCCAUCGCUACUCGCAGUAUGUGGACGGACUGAUUGGAUUUCAACCUUUGUCAUUCGUUUACAAAUUGAAUGUUGUGGUCACGUGAUACCACCUUUCAGCAGACUAUUCUCUUCUGCAUUGCAUGUUUAUCUCUUAAAGGGAAUAUACAACAUUUGCAAACAUCAAAAAAUGAAACUACCAAGUUUUCACAAAAUA